AUGCCUCUCAAGACGCUCCGCCCCGGCCGCAGCGAACAGAACCUCAAGCGCCGCAGCACCCUCAACCCCAGCGGCUUCUUCAGGCGCGUCGACAAGGACUCCGCCGACCACCUGCCACCCGACCGUGCAGCUGUGUCCUACGAUGGCGGCCGUCCCACCACCGCCGACCUGGCACCGCACGACACCGCCUUCGACGCCCACCACGACCCCGACCAGCGCCCGCCGUCCGAGCCGCCCUCGCCGCCCGUCCAGCGCCCGACGCCCAACACGCGCCGCUUCAGCCUGAUGCGCUUCCGCCAUGCCUCGGACUCGCAGCUCAACGCAAAGGCAAAGGAGCACGCCGCCCGCGACGACACGCCGCCCGUGCCCGCCGUGCCCGCCAGCACCGCCCCCCCGACGUACCCCGACGCGCCUGCCAUCAUCACCACGGCGCCCACCGUCGUCGACCAGGAGACGGAGCAGUCGCGCAAGCGGGGGCGCCUGCAGCAGUUCACCCUGCGCCGCCGCUCCUUCGACCCCUCGCUGGUCGACCGCCCGACGGCGCACAAGCCCAUGGACAAGAAGCGGGGGCCGCUGGGUCUUAAGAAGAGCCACGGCAAUCUGCUCGAGGAGAGGGAGCGCCAGGCGGCAGCGGACCCGCGCGAGUCCACAGACGGCGCGCCUGCCCUGGUCCUCCCCGUGACCAGGGCCUCCGAGUCGUCACGGUCAGACGGAAGCUCGGGCGGCCACGUCUCGUUCGAACAGACCCCGCGCCCGCACCAGCCACCGCGGAUGGGCUCAGCGCGCUUUGGCUUUGGCCGGCGGAAACAGCGCGCAUCCCUAUUUCCCCUGCCUAUGAAAGUCGACUCGCCCCAGUACCCCAACGCUGCGCCUGACACCCCCCGUCUGUCUACCGGCGGAAGGAGCUCUGCCUCACCCACACGCUCCUCAACCGGAAGUCCUCCACCGACUGCACAUCGCGUGCAAGAGGGGGAGCCUGGACCGGAGAUCUCGCCAAUGCCUUCCUCGGACGCUACCCUGCUGAACCCAUCCUCACCCCGUCCCGGCUCCCUGUACCGAAAUGGCUCUACCGCGUCCGUCCGCUCUGCGCGCUCCUCGAAAAAUGCCGGCAUGCCCGUACGGCUGGGUCUACGGGGUCGCUCGUCGACAAUGGGUUCUUUAGGGGGGCGCUCUGACGGGGCCACGUCGCCCACACCACCCAAUGGCCCUAGCGGCAGGACUUCGACCUCUACCGUGGGAAGGAGUAGUUUCAGCAACCUCUUCGGCCUGAGCUCGAGAUUCCGCCAGGGCUCCGAUCCGCAUUCGUCUAGGCACGGCUCGCCUGCUCUCGGAUUGAUGGGCGCUUCAGGCUUGUCGUCCCACCAGAACUCCUUCAAUAUGAGCCGUGAAACGCUCAUACUGCCCGAGCGAGAAGAAGGCGAGACCCCAGGCCGCUACUUGGAACGAAUAGAAGCGAACAACUUCAACAAGAGCGUCGUAGCCAGCUACCUCUCCAAAACUGAGGAUCCGUUUCUCCUUUCAGUACUGCGAAGCUACAUGCGCAAGUUUGCUUUCUUCGGCGAUCCCAUUGACAUGGCUAUACGCAAGCUGCUCAUGCAAGUUGAGCUCCCCAAGGAAACACAACAAAUCGACAGGGUCCUGCAGGGCUUUUCCGACCGUUAUCACGAAUGCAAUCCAGGCAUCUACAUCAAUCCAGACAAAGCAUACUUCAUCUCCUUCUCGAUUGUGAUUCUGCACACCGACGUCUUCAACAAGAACAACAAGAGAAAGAUGCAGAGACCAGAUUACAUCAAAAACUCGUCGUGCGAGGGAGUGUCCGACGACGCUCUGGGGUGCAUCUACGACAACGUCGUCUACACACCCUUCAUCCAUAUCGAAGACGAUGUCGAUCUGAGGACCAUCUCAUCCAAGAAGAGCAGGAAAACAAUACUCAAAGGCCCAAUGAACGAUCCGGUACGAAAGUCUGUUAAAGAGCCUCUGGAUCCAUACACCCUGAUCUUCGAGGGCAAGCUGGACGCCCUCCGCCCGUCCAUCAAAGAUGUCAUGAACCUGGAUGACCCUUACAGCUAUCUUGGAACUGCUGCGACGCUCGAUACCAAAAACAUCUAUAAGUCUUUCUCACGGUACGGUGUGAUCCAGAUCGUGUCCUCCAGAUCCAGACCAGAGGCCUACAUGUCGGAAGCCGCCCAGGAAAACCCACUGGGGACAUCAGUCGGUAUUGUGGAGAUGCCUGUCACUAAAGUUGGGAUCCUGUGGAGGAAGGAUGCAAAACGAAAGAAGGCACGAUCUCCUUGGCAAGAAUGGGGUGCAGUCCUUACUCGCUCAGGUCUUUCACUCUUCCGGAACUCCACCUGGGCGAGGUCUCUCAUGAAUCAGCACGAGCAACACCAAAAGCGCGAUGAAACGGGACCAGUAGUUUUCCAGCCCCCACUCCAGCACUUCAAGCAGGAUAACGUGAUACCCAUGGAUGGCGCCGUCUGUCUUGUCGACAACACAUACAGAAAGCAUAAGAAUGCUUUUGUCAUGUAUUCGAAGGCUGGUGAGGAGACAUUCUUGGCCGACAGCGAGAGUGACUUGAACGAGUGGUUAGGUGUGCUGAAUUACACUGCAGCGUUCGAAACCCUGGGCGUUCGAUCGAGAGGCAUGGUGGGCGGACUGUACGAGGGGCAGACAAAUCGAGGCAUGCGACGUCUACACUCGUCGCAUUCAGGCAUGUCGGUACCUACACCAACCGGCGAAGUAACAAUACAGACUGGGGGAAUCGACAAUCAGUUCGCACAGCAGAUGAUGACAGCACGAAAAGAGUUGAUGCAGCAGCGGAUAUCGGAGUCGGAGGAGAAACUCGCACAAGCAAUAAGAGAGCUUGAAGCGCGGUUGAGAGACGCAAGGCAUCUUCAGAUCCUCGCACCGAUACAGCCAAAGACACGGGAGAUGGUCAUUCACGCCGCGGGACGGUUGGCUGCGAAGUUAAAAUGGUCUCGCAUCCAGAUAUGGCGGAUGAAGUGUCAUCGCGAUAUCCUUGCGCAAGAGCUGGAAGACGAACGGCAGAGCGAUACAGAACGACAGGCUAGGAAUGACCGCAUAGCAGAAACUUCGCAACAACCACAACCUCAACUCCCGCCGCUCUCGCCUCAACCGUCUCACAAGACGUCUAAGAGUCCGCUGGCAAAGCUGAGCUCGAAGACGAGUUUAUUUGCCAACGCCCAGAAACCGCCUCUCUCGCCGGAAUCACCGUCAAUACGACCGGGUACGAAAUCAUCCAGAGAUACCGACUUUGACGAAGAUAUGUUCAAGACACCGCCAGAGACUUCCCAGUCAAGCCCUACCUUUCCCAUUGUGCAGACAUAUGUCCCCAUAUCUUUCGCACCGGCUACAUCGGACCGCCGAAGCUCAGUGGCUAGCUCCGCACAGUCUCCCAGGAUGUAUCCUUCUGAUCACCGGCCAUCCGUAUCGACCACAAACGACGGCACAAUAGGCUCAGACGACGACUCCGACACGGGCUCGCGAUACGCUACUCCCCCUCCCACCGCCCAGUCAGAGCUCAUGGAACUGCGAACCCCCGACAUCUACACCACCGACGGAGCGCACGCAGACCCCGACGCCAUCUCCUCAGAAGCAGACAUGUCGCUUGCCGCGCUCUCAGGCUCGCCCACAUCCCGCUCCAAGCAAAGACGCAGCCUGCACCGCACACUCCGCGACUCACACGGCAGCUCCUCCCACCGCCGCAGCCAAAAGGGCCGCGACUCCGCAUCCACCAUCCUGAGCGACGACACGCAAGAAAGCGAAGGCCUAAUGCGCAGCAAAGGCAGCUUCACCGUCCACGGCAAAAAAGCCUCCGUCAUCCAAUUCGGCCCCGACUGGCACAUCACGACCCCCGAGGAGCGUCUGAAGACGAUAAAGCAACUCCAGGAAGCCGCGGCUGUCGAUGACAGGGAUGGGAUCGGUUUCAUUCCCGACGGCAUGGCGCUCUCGCCCGGUCUUGACGCAGGCGAGGAAUACACACCCCGUAGACUCUCCGCGGGCGUCGUCAAGCAGCGACAUAUCUCCGCUCAGACGAUCACGCCUGCUUCUUUCCUCGAGACGCUCGAUGCCCAUCAGCAACGCGUUGAUGAGGACGGCGGGGGUUCGGAGCUAGGUGAUAUCGCUGAGGAGCCACCGCGUGCUAGUAAUGAUGUGGUCCCGCUGCGCCGCAUCCUCACCCCGCCUGUCCAGCAGGUUGAUGAUCACUAG